AAUCGCAGACCGAGGCACUCCAAUUGCUUUCCCCAGCUCUCCGGGGUGCGACGUGUUUGGAGAGGUUCGGCCCAGCCCUACCGGUCUCUGCGCUCUUUCGAAGCGCGUGUUGCAGCCUGGAAAACCUGGCCACUGCAUUUCGUGGUGUGCCCCUCCGCCGUUUGCGCGGGCGACAAGUCUCGGCAAAAUGGCUGCUGGAAAGAGUCGCCUGCCGGGGCAGCGCCGGGUCCGCGUGAAGGUCACAUGACGAGGAUAGGAAGGCCAUUGUGACUAUGUGGUGACUACAGUUAUUUUACUACUGAGUUUCCCACUGGAAUCAUGGAGGAGAAACAGCAGAUUUUAUUGGCUAAUCAAGAUGGUGGGACAGUGGCAGGAGCAGCACCUACCUUCUUUGUCAUCCUAAAACAACCAGGAAAUGGCAAAACUGAUCAAGGAAUUUUGGUUACCAAUCGGGAUGCUUGUGCUUUGGCUACUAGGGUGUCAUCACCAGGAAAAUCUAAAGGGAAGAUUUGCCUUCCAGCUGAUUGUACUGUGGGAAGAAUCACUGUCACCCUUGAUAAUAAUAGUAUGUGGAAUGAGUUCCAUAAUCGAAGCACAGAGAUGAUUCUGACCAAGCAGGGAAGACGCAUGUUUCCUUAUUGUCGUUACUGGAUAACAGGUUUAGAUACAAAUUUAAAGUAUAUCCUUGUCAUGGAUAUAUCUCCUGUGGAUAACCACCGCUAUAAAUGGAAUGGUCGUUGGUGGGAGCCUAGUGGAAAGGCUGAGCCCCAUAUUUUGGGAAGAGUUUUUAUCCAUCCAGAAUCUCCUUCCACAGGUCAUUACUGGAUGCAUCAACCAGUAUCUUUCUAUAAACUCAAACUUACCAACAAUACAUUGGACCAAGAAGGACAUAUUAUCUUGCACUCCAUGCAUCGCUACUUACCAAGGCUUCAUUUGGUGCCUGCAGAAAAGGCUACAGAAGUGAUACAAUUAAACGGCCCUGGUGUUCACACUUUUACUUUCCCACAGACUGAAUUCUUUGCAGUAACAGCAUAUCAGAACACUCAGAUAACUCAACUGAAAAUAGAUUACAAUCCAUUCGCCAAAGGUUUUCGGGAUGAUGGGCUGAAUAGUAAACCCCCCAGAGAUGGAAAACAAAAGAACAGCUCUGACCAAGAAGGCAAUAGUGUUAAUGGUUCUCCUGGUCAUCGGAUCCGUGUUACAGAAGGUGAAGGAUCAGAAAUAGACCCAAGUGAUUUUGAUCCUAUGUCAAGAGAUCAUGAAACAUCAGGCAAGGGUUUGGAGAAGCCUCCCCUUAACAUAAAGCAAGACUUUCUUGGUUUUAUGGAUACUGAUUCAGCACUUGAAGUUCCUCAAAUGAAACAAGAGAUUUCUGAAAGUCUUGUUGCCAACAAUUUUGAAGUCAGCUCCCAUAUUGAAUCAUUAGACUCAAGUGAAAACUUCAAUGUUGUUGUUAAAGAAGAACCUCUAGAUGAUUAUGAUUAUGAACUUGGCGAGUAUUCAGAAGGGAUCACCGUGAAACAGGAAGAGACAGAUGAAGAAACGGAUGUAUACUCAAACAGCGAUGAUGAUCCUAUAUUAGAGAAACAACUAAAGAGGCACAAUAAAAUGGAUAACCCAGAGGGUGAUCAUCCGUCUUUUAAAUGGCUACCAAGCAGCCCGUCAGGUGUUGCUAAAGCUAAGAUGUUCAAAUUAGAUGCUGGAAAGAUGCCAGUAGUCUAUUUGGAGCCCUGUGCUGUCACCAAAAGCACAGUGAAGAUUUCUGAAUUGCCUGAUAACAUGCUUUCCAUGUCUCGAAAGGAUAAAUCUUCUAUGUUGGCGGAAUUAGAGUAUUUGCCUACAGACAUUGAAAAUGCUAGUGCAACUGGCUUCUGCUUAGGCAAGGAAUCAGAAAGUGGUCUUAGUAAACAUUCACCAGAUCUUACAGUGGCACAAAAAUAUCCUUCACUUGAAGAGCCUCAGUGGAAAUAUCCUGAUAUAUUCGACAGCAUUGGCUCAGAAAGAAUCCUUGACAGUUCAAAGAGUUCUGCUGGGGACUCAUUUUCAGGAAAAGAGGAUUUGGGCAGAAAGCGAACAACCGUGCUUAAGGUUGCAGCAGCCUCAAAGACUGAGGGUGCUAACCACAAUGCCUCUCCAAAUGUUCAUGGAAAAAGAGGAAGGCCUCGAAAAUUGAAAUUUUCUAAGGCAGGACGACCACCUAAAAACACAGGAAAAUCUUUAACUUCUACUAAGAACACCCCUGUAGGCCUUGGAAGUACCUUUUCUGAUGUGAAGCCUGAUUUGGAAGAUGUGGAUGGUGUUCUCUUUGUUUCCUUUGAAUCAAAGGAAGCUCUAGACAUUCAUGCAGUUGAUGGAACAACGGAAGAACCCUCUAGUCUUCAGACAUCAACCACAAAUGACCUAGGUUGCAGAGCAAGAAUUUCUCAGUUGGAAAAGGAACUGAUAGAGGAUUUGAAGUCCUUACGGCACAAGCAGGUGAUACAUCCUGGUCUUCAAGAAGUGGGGUUAAAAUUGAAUUCAGUGGAUCCAACAAUGAGCAUUGAUCUCAAAUACUUGGGAGUACAGCUACCUUUGGCUCCAGCCACAAGCUUCCCUUUUUGGAACCUUACAGGAACAAACCCUGCCUCUCCUGAUGCUGGAUUUCCCUUUGUUUCUAGAACAGGCAAGACCAAUGACUUUACCAAGAUCAAGGGAUGGAGGGGGAAGUUUCAUAGUGCUGCUGCAUCUAGAAAUGAGGGUGGAAAUUCAGAAGGGUCACUGAAAAACCGCUCUGCUUUCUAUAGUGAUAAAUUAGAUGAAUACUUGGAAAAUGAAGGCAAACUGAUGGAAACAAGUAUGGGUUUCUCUUCCAAUGCUCCCACAUCUCCUGUGGUAUACCAGCUUCCCACCAAGAGUACCAGCUAUGUACGAACACUUGAUAGUGUACUAAAGAAACAAUCUACUGUUUCUCCUUCUACCUCUUACUCUCUGAAGCCUCAUUCGGGACCCACUGCCUCUCGGAAGGCAAAGCCUCAAAACAGACAGACCACACUCAGUGGCCGAACUAAAUCAUCUUAUAAAUCUAUUUUACCGUACCCUGUUUCACCAAAGCAGAAACAUACUCAUGUGAUAGCAGGAGAUAAGAUUACCAAGAAUUCUUCAGGUACUGUCUCAGAUAAUCAGGUGAAUAAUGUGCCAACUGUAGAUGAAAAUGUAUUUCCAAAGCAGAUUAGUUUGCGGCAGACGCAACAGCAGCAGCAGCAGCAGCAGCAACAGCAGCAGCAGCAGCAGCAGCAGCAGCAGCAGCAGCAGCAGCAGCAACAGCAACAGCAACAACAACAGCAACAGCAACAGCAACAGGGAACUCGCCCUCCAGGCUUGUCUAAAUCUCAGGUAAAACUAAUGGACCUGGAAGACUGUGCACUUUGGGAAGGAAAACCAAGGACCUAUAUAACUGAAGAGCGAGCAGAUGUAUCCUUGACAACUCUACUUACAGCUCAGGCAUCUCUGAAAACUAAACCUAUUCACACAAUCAUAAGGAAACGAGCUCCUCCAUGCAACAAUGACUUCUGUCGACUAGGUUGUGUAUGUUCUAGUCUUGCUUUGGAGAAGCGCCAGCCUGCCCACUGUCGUCGACCAGAUUGCAUGUUUGGCUGCACUUGUUUAAAGAGAAAAGUUGUACUCGUUAAAGGGGGAUCCAAAAUUAAGCAUUUUCAGAGGAAGACUGCUCAUCGAGAGCCAGUAAUUUAUGAUAAUCUGGGAGAAGAGCCAAAAGAAGAAGGAGAGGAAGAUAGAGAAGAGGAGGAACAAAUAAAAGAGAAAAAGAAGAGAAAAAAGCUAGAAUACACUAUCUGUGAAACAGAGCCUGAACAACCUGUCCGACAUUAUCCAUUAUGGGUAAAAGUAGAAGGUGAAGUAGAUCCAGAGCCAGUUUAUAUCCCUACACCUUCUGUCAUUGAGCCUAUGAAACCAUUGCUGUUGCCUCAACCAGAAGUAGUAUCUACUACAGUGAAGGGCAAACUGCUCACUGGAAUUAAACCUUCACGGGCGUAUACUCCCAAACCUAAUCCUGUGAUACGUGAAGAGGACAAAGAUCCUGUCUAUUUGUACUUUGAAAGUAUGAUGACUUGUGCCCGAGUUCGAAUAUAUGAAAGAAAAAAAGAAGAACAGAGACAGCCAUCUCUGUCCCCAUCCCCAUCUCCAUCGUUUCAGCAGCAGAACUUCUGUCAUUCUAGUCCUGAGAACCACAGUACAAAGGAACCUAAUUCUGAACAGCAGCCCUUAAAACAAUUCCUUUGUGACUUGGAGGAUGAUUCUGAUAAAUCACAAGAAAAGAGCUGGAAGUCUCCCCCCUCCAAUGAAGGGGAAUCUUCUUCUACCUCUUAUGUGCAUCAGAAAUCUGGUGGGCCCACCAAACUGAUAGAGAUCAUCUCAGACUGCAACUGGGAGGAGGACCGGAGCAAGAUUUUGAGCAUCUUAUCUCAACACAUCAAUAGCAACAUGCCACAAUCACUUAAGGUGGGCAGCUUCAUCAUUGAGUUGGCUUCUCAGCGAAAGAGCCAGGGUGAGAAGAACCCUCCUGUUUAUUCUUCUCGUGUGAAAAUCUCUAUGCCAUCAUGUCAAGACCACGAUGAUAUGGCUGAGAAAUCUGGAUCAGAGACUCCUGAUGGUCCGUUAUCCCCUGGGAAAAUGGAUGAUAUCUCUCCUGUGCAGACAGAUGCCCUGGAUUCAGUGAGGGAGAGAUUACAUGGAGGCAAAGGUCUGCCUUUUUAUGCAGGGCUUUCUCCUGCAGGGAAGCUUGUGGCCUAUAAGCGUAAACCCAGUUCAAGCACAUCUGGGCUUAUCCAGGUUAAUGGUAAGAGUUACCCGCAGGCUAAGUUGCUAUUGGGACAGAUGGGGGCAUUGCAUCCAGCCAAUAGGCUAGCUGCUUAUAUCACAGGCAGGUUGCGACCCUCAGUCCUGGACCUCUCAACCCUCAGUACUGUCAUCUCCAAGGUAGCAUCCAAUGCCAAGGUGGCUGCAUCCAGGAAACCACGCACCCUGCUGCCUUCAACAUCCAAUUCCAAAACGGCAUCCUCUGGCACUCCAACAAACCGCUCUGGGAAGAAUCCGAAGGCGUUUGUCCUGGCAAAAAGGCCAAUUGCGGCUCGACCCUCUCCUGGUGGUGUGUUCACACAGUUUGUGAUGAGUAAAGUUGGAGCCUUACAGCAGAAGAUACCUGGAGUUAGCACACCCCAAACCCUGACAGGGCCACAGAAGUUCAGUAUCAGACCUUCUCCAGUAAUGGUCGUCACACCUGUGGUUUCUUCUGAGCCAGUUCAGGUGUGCAGCACUGUGACUGCUGCUGUCACUACUACCACCCCUCAAGUGUUUUUAGAAAAUGUUACUGCUGUGACAUCUAUGACUGCUAUUUGUGACGUGGGAACUAAAGAAACUACUUCUGGUGCCACCACUGCAGGGGUUAUUAAGGUCUCUGAAACCAAUACCAGCACCACUGUAACAUCUACUCAGUCUACAACCACUGUGAACCUUACCAAAACUACUGGGAUAACUACCCCUGUGGCUUCAGUUGCUUUUCCUAAAUCUUUGGUAGCAUCUCCUCCAACCAUAACUCUUCCUGUUGCUUCCAAUGCCUCCACUUCCAUAGUCAUGGUGACCACAGCUGCCUCUUCCUCCAUGGUGACCACACCAACUUCAUCUCUGGGCUCUGUUCCUAUUAUACUCUCAGGAAUUAACGGAAAUCCACCAGUAAGCCAGAGGCCAGGUGCUUGUGCCACUGAGCUAAAUCCCUGGCUCCAAGAAAAUGCCCCUCAGAUUCCAGUGUCUGCGCCACAGAUCUCUCCUAAUGCAGUGAAACGUCCUGGACCUCGGUUGUUGUUGAUUCCAGUACAACAGGGUUCUCCCACUCUUAGACCUGUUCCAAACCCACAGCUUCAGGGACAUCGAAUGGUUUUACAGCCUGUUAGGAGCCCAAGUGGAAUGAACCUAUUUAGGCAUCCCAAUGGGCAAAUUGUCCAACUUCUACCUUUGCAUCAGAUCCGAGGCUCUAAUACCCAGCCCAGCUUACAACCUGUCAUGUUUCGGAAUCCAGGGUCUGUGGUGGGAAUCCGGUUGCCUACACCUUCCAAGCCUUCUGAGAUGCCACCAUCUUGUACUUCAUCCUCUACUUUCUCUGUUGUAAAUCCUGUAAUUCAAGCUGUUGGAUCUUCUCCAGCGGUGAAUGUUAUCACUCAGGCACCAUCUUUACUUUCCUCUGGACCAAGUUUUGUUUCCCAGGCUGGUACAUUGACCCUGAGAAUUUCUGCUCCUGAGCCCCAGAGCUUUGCAAGUAAAACAGGGUCUGAAACCAAAAUAACAUCUAGCUCAGGAGGGCAGCCUGUUAGUACAGCCAAUCUUAUUCCUCUCCAGUCUGGCAGUUUUGCCUUACUACAGCUCCCAGGACAAAAACCUGUCUCUAGCUCCAUUCUUCAGCAUGUUGCUUCCCUUCAGAUGAAGAAGGAAUCCCAGAAUACAGACCAGAAAGAAGAAGCAAACUAUGCAAAAAGAGAGAAGGAAACUAAGAAGAUUGUACAGUCAGAAGGAGAAGGUAUAGGUCCUGAGGCUAGUAUAAUUAAGCAGAAUUCAGGAAUUAUUACCUCAAAAGAAACUCUGAAUGUUUCCUUGGAAGAUGAAGGUGAUUGUUUGGAUGAAGAAUCCCUUAUAGAAAAAGAUCCUGUCAAACCUCCUGAGCACUCCUGUAUCACUGAAUUAUGCACAGGUGAAGACUGUAAAGAGGUUACUGAAGAGCACAGGAUUAGGAAUCAUAACAGUUCCAGAGAAAAACUGACUAUUCUAGAAGUUAGGACAGUUUCUGAAAAAUCCAGUAAUAUGGCAGUACAAAAUGUGAGUAAAGUACAGCUUCAAAAAUCUGGCGCUGUGAAGGUGGAGCAGCAGAAAGGAUUAGACAAUCCAGAGGGAAAACCAAAUGAGUUUCUGUUUAUUGAAUUAUCAGGGAGCAAAGUUAUUGUUCAGCAACAAUCUAAUCCUCAGCCAGAAGCCAAGGAGAAAGAUCAUGGAGACACUUUGGAGAAGGACAGUAUUAGGGAGAGAUGGAAAAAGUACCCAAAGAGCCCUUUGGUCCAGAAGUGUGUUAGAACUUCAGAAGAAUGUAGAAAAGUGGCAGAUGAAGAAUGUAAGAAAGAGGCAGAUGAGCAAUUAAUUAGAGAAACAAAGCUUUAUCAGGAAGAUUCAGAUGUGUUUCAAGAACAAAACAUCUCUGGUCUAUAUGAGAAAAGUGGAACUUCUCAAAGUGAUGGAGUAUUAAAAACUGAGUGUGAUUCUUGGAGUAGGAUUUGUAAUCCUGCUUCCUACUCCAUUAUUCCUACGCGACUUAUGAAAGGAAGCAGAGGAAAUGAACAUUUUCGGGGCGAUUUACUACUACCAGGAAAACAAAUAAAACUGAAGCAAGAACAGAAGAGUAGAAGCAGCAGUGCUGACUUCACUGGCUUGGAUUUGGAGGAGGAGGAUGAAGAUGAGAAUGAGAAAACCGAUGAUUCUGUUGAUGAAAUUGUGGAUGUUGUGUCUGACUACCAGAGUGAGGAGGUUGAUGAUGUAGAAAAGAAUAAUUGUAUAGAAUACAUGGAGGAUGAUGAAGAGCAUGUGGAUAUUGAAACUGUAGAAGAACUUUCAGAGGAAAUUAAUGUUGCCCACAAGAACGCCACAGCAACUCACACACAAUCAUUCAAACAGAUGUGCCAUACCCAUGCAGAUGAAAAAGCUACUGAAAGAAGUCGAAAGAUCCCACCGGUUCCUCUAAAACUGAAACCUGAUUACUGGAGCGACAAACUACAGAAAGAAGCAGAAGCUUUUGCUUAUUAUCGCCGGACACAUACUGCCAAUGAGCGGCGGCGGCGUGGUGAAAUGAGAGAUCUCUUUGAAAAGUUGAAGAUCACGUUGGGAUUACUUCAUUCUUCCAAGGUUUCCAAAAGUCUUAUUCUUACUCGGGCAUUCAAUGAAAUUCAGGGACUAACAGAUCAGGCAGACAAACUGAUAGGACAAAAAAACCUCCUGACUAGAAAACGGAAUAUUCUGAUACGAAAGGUAUCAUCUCUUUCAGGUAAGACAGAAGAAGUGGUCCUGAAGAAACUAGAGUAUAUUUAUGCAAAACAACAAGCACUAGAGGCUCAAAAGAGAAAAAAGAAGAUGGGAUCAAAUGAGUUUGAUGAGUCUCCCAGAACUAGCAAACAGCAGGAAGGAUCUUCUACAUCAUCUGUAGAUCUUGGACAGAUGUUUAUUAAUAACAGGAGGGGAAAGCCUUUGAUUCUUUCCAGAAAAAGAGACCAGGCCACAGAAAACACCUCUCCAUGUAGUACUCCACACACCUCUGCCAACCUCGUGAUGACUCCACAAGGGCAAUUACUUACCUUAAAAGGUCCUCUGCUCUCAGGAACAGUGGUAACUGUUUCGCCUGCUCUUUUAGAAACUGAUCUGAAGCCUCAAGUUGCCAGCAGUAGUAUGGCUCAAUCAGAAAAUGAUGACUUAUUUAUGAUGCCACGAAUUGUUAAUGUUACAUCUUUGGCCACAGAGGGAAGUUUAGUAGAUACAGGUGGCAGCAAAUACCCGCAUGAAGUUUCUGAUGGCAAGUCAUCUGACCACCUGAAAGAGACUGUCAGGAAUGAAAAUAACUCAGAAGAUUCCGAUAGAGUCUCUUCUAGAGGAAAUCACAGAGAUGGCAGGAUGGCAUUGGGUCCAACACAAGUUUUUCUGGCAAAUAAAGAUUCUGGUUUUUCACAAAUAGUUGAUGUUUCCAGUAUGCAGGAAACACAAGAGUUUUUACCUAAAAAGAUUUCAGGUGAUAUAAGAGGGAAUCGGUAUAAGUGGAAGGAGAGUGAAUCACGAGGAGAAAGACUGAAGUCAAAGGACUCUCCAUUUCAUAAAUUAAAGAUGAAAGAUCUCAAGGACUCGAGCAUAGAGAUGGAACUGAGAAAAGUCGCAUCAGCUAUAGAGGAAGCAGCUCUUGAUCCCAGUGAACUACUGACUAACAUGGAAGAUGAUGAUGAUACUGAUGAGACACUGACUUCACUGCUCAAUGAGAUUGCCUUUCUUAAUCAGCAGCUGAAUGAUGACUCUGUCAGUCUUGCUGAACUACCCACCUCUAUGGAUACGGAGUUCCCAGGAGAUACUCAGCGGGCUUUUAUCAAUAAGCUUCCUCCUGGGAACAGAGCACCUUUCCAGGUUGGCCACUUGGGAACAGAUUUGAAAGAGAUGCCAGAUGACCAAGGGGAGAGUGACUCUAUUAGCCCCCUCCUUUUGCACUUGGAAGAAGAUGAUUUUUCUGAGAAUGAAAAACAACUUGUUGAAACAACCUCUGAGCCAGAUGUUCUUAAGAUUGUCAUUGACUCUGAGAUAAAGGAUUCAUUUCUUUCUCACAGGAAAUCUAGUGAUGGAGGGAAGAGUACUUCUGGUCUCCCUGUAGAACCCGAAAGUGUGUCCUCACCUCCCAUCCUACACAUGAAGACUGGCCUGGAGAAUAGCAACACAGAUACUAUAUGGAGACCUAUGCCAAAGUUAGCACCUUUAGGUUUAAAAGUAGCUAAUCCUCCGAGUGAUGCAGAUGGUCAGACUCUCAAGGUGAUGCCUUGUUUGGCACCUGUAGCUGCUAAAAUUGGGUCAGUUGGACAUAAAAUGAACUUUCCAGGGAGUGAUCAGGAAGGCCGGGAGAGCAAGGUGAUGCCUACAUUGGCACCUAUUAUGGCUAAAUUAGGCAACUCUGGGGUCUUACCAAGUUCUUCAGGGAAAUGAACUUGUUUGUCCUCAGACAGAAACCAGACUGUGAAGGAAAGUUGAAUCUCACCUCCUUUCUCUGUAGGCAUUUGUUUGUGUCAUGGAACUGUGCUCCUUGACUUUAAUGGUGCAGUAGAAGAUAGAGAAAGAGGGUAGGGUGCUGACCCUGCUAUAAGAAAUAAUAUGAAAUUCUGAUCAUGUUAAAAUGUGUUACCUCACUUGUGGUGCUGGGUCCUCUCUGUUCCUCUCUGAGAAGAUGUGAUCCAUUACUGAACAUGAGGUGCCCCUUACCCAAGGAAUUCAUUCAAGACUCUGGCUCCAUAGUGGUACCUAGUGUCCCAGAUUCCUCCCACCCCCACUGCGUACCUCCCCAAGAGAAAAAGCUGUGCUAGACUUUGGAAUUGGCUUUGGAUUGAAUUAUAGCUGAUAGCUGUUUCGUUAAAUCUAAAAAUCAAAGGAAUGUGAUGUAUUUGUGCAAGGGGGUCCAGAAGAGAUCAUUUUAAGUUGUUAUUUCAGUGAUUGAGAUAGGAUGUGUACCGUGAAAUACCAAAGUGAAGGAUUUUAUGUCAUUUGGCAAAAUUUUAUCUUUUAUAUCCUGAGUAGCUUCCAUUUGCUUUACCUUUUCAAUCAGAAUUCCAAAUGCAAGCCUUUUGGUAAAGUAGAGAUCUUUUAGCUUUAUUAUUAUUAAGGUGAUUACUUUGAGAUGCUAAAAACCAUAGUUCUUCCUCACUGCCUUUGUGGGUCUUGGAAGAUAAUUUCCUAUUGCCAGAAAUUUCUACCAGUAAUACAUACUUGGAGGUCGGUAAGGAGGGAACUCUUCCCCCUUCACAAAUCACAUCACUCAAGAGAUAGCUAAAAUGAAAAGCAUCCUCUGCCCCCAAGACCAGAGACAGUGGCCAAAAUUAAAAAUUGUGGGGCUGGGUAUUUCCCAGAUCAAACCAGCCUUCCGGUGCUUGAAGGUUUCAAUUCACUGUUACCUGUACAGGUUGUAAAGAAAAGUCAUAGUAGGCACUCUACCAGGGAAAUAAGGCAGUAUUUGAAUCACAGUAUAUAUUUUUAUCUACUAUCAUGGAUUCAAUGAUCUGUAGAGCUUUUUCACUCAUUAGCUGUCAGGGUAUGAAGAACUGACAGCCUGUAAAGAUAAAGAUAUUUAUAUUUUUGUAUAGUUUUCAUAGAUUUCUCAAAGGCUGAAGUUUUCAACCUAGAAGAUGAGAUUUGUAUUGAGUAUAGAAAUGAUGUUUCCUAUCUAGUUUGUAAAUAAUCAUGGUGCACUUGAGGGGUCUCUUGGAAACUUCCGGGGGGCAAGAAUCACUAUUCAGAAAAUGUAUAGACUGGGAUUUAGCUGCUGCAUUUUGCCUUUCUUAAAUAAUUAUAUUUUGGAAUGUAACCCCUGUUCUGUCUUUACUGACAGGAUUUGCUUGUGUUGUAAAACACUAACACAAGAGCUUCCACUGCCUGGGCUGUGCCUAGGUCAUGCUGUUUCUUCUGUAUCCUCCCCCUUUACCCAAGUUCCACUCAGCAUAUCUUCACACCUAGGUUGUGAGACCAGCUUUGGAAUGGAUCUAGCUGGUGAAUUACUUCAACUGAUUCCCCUUCCAUUAACUCUGGCCAUCAACUGGUCUAAAAGAAUAGGAAGGCUUCCUUUGCAAAAUGCAGAGAGAAUAAAUUCUUUGUUUUUGUGCUACUUGCCUUUCUAGACCUGCCUGUUAGUACUUAACUUUCCCUUUCUACUGAGGAAGCUUGAAGUAGUUCAAAGAGUGCUCCCUAGUCUCCUUGUCUCUUAUUUACCCAGCAGAUUUUAUUCAAUGCCUUAGCCAAGGAGUUUAGCACCUGUCUCCAUUGCUAAUAUUCAUUGGAGAUGCCAGUUCUUUAACCUGGGUGUAGUAGUUUCCCAUUGUUUUAUUGUUUGUCUCUUCUUUGCUUUCUUCCUGACUUCCCAAGGCUCUUGUGGCCGUAGAGGAUCAGCUGGCAAGGGAGUGAAAAAUCCUCAGGAAAAGAAGGACCAUUUUCACUUUUGAACACUUUCCCUUUUUUAGAAGAAAACCAGUCCAGGUCAAUUCUUGAAUGGAUGGAUAUGCUUACAAGAGAUGUACAGAGAUAGAAAUGAAGUAUUCCAGGUGUUCGUGGAAGGCUGCAAAUCCAUUACCCCCCAACUAAGAUACAGUCUUCUUAAGACAGAUCUAGGAGUCAUCAGGGCAAGUUUGAGGAGGGCUCAGUCUUCAGUAAAGUCUUGCAGUCUUGACAGAAAUCUAGAAUCUCCAAAAACUUAUAUCCUUUAAUCUUGCCCCAGAAGAAACUGAUCUAUGAAAAUUACAUGUGUAGGGGCUGGGGAUUUAGCUCAGCGGCAUAAGCGCCUGCCUUGCGAGCAGGCAGUCCUGAGUUCGAUCCCUGGUACCGAUAAAAACGAAAAAGACCCAAAAAAAAAAAAAAAAAAAAAAGAAAAUUACAUGUGUGUGAAUGAAAGAUGAGUAAGAAAAGAGUUGAGAAAUCUGGAAGACAACUGUCACCCUAACUAUAAGACGCAUGAUCUCAGUAGACCAAUAAUUCAUCUUUUUAUACAUCUGUAAAUAAAUGGAAUGUUUUUAAGAAUAUAAUUAUGUCAGAUUUAGCAUUUUCUUUUAUAUAUUAAAUAUAUAUCUUUCCUUUUC